GUCAACAGCCAUACGGCAGCCAGCAGCCUUAUGUGUCGAGUCAACAAGCGGCAGCCUACAGUGCAGGGCAGUACUCUGGGCAACAGGCGGCCUAUGCUGCCGGGCAGCAGGCGUAUCAGACCGCCGCCGCCACAGCCAGCAGCGGAUAUGGGGGCGCCUACCCACCACAGGCCCAGACUGGCUAUGGAGCCCCGCCGGGCUAUGGCGCUCAGUAUGGACAGCCCGCCACGGCCUAUCCGACCAAUCCGACCACUGCUUACGCGACAGCGGGAUACGGCUUGGGGCAAAGUCCAUACAACUACUUGCAGCAGCCCAGCACUAGCGCCUCCGGAGUGGUCGCCUAUGGAAGCUACCAAGGAGCUCAAAGCCAGGUCCCACAGGCUGCGACGUCACAAGUGCAGUACACGCAGCCUGGGCAGACUGAUCCGUCCGUUGCCACUGGAAGUUUG